AUGCCGUUCCGCCGCGGAGAUGACGGAGUGCAGAAGAGUUGGCCGGAGAAUCUCUGGACUGCGCCCUACGCCAGCGAGUUGACAACCUACGUACUGUACCUUGGCUACCUGAACCUCGAGGCAACUCGCCGGCCCGACGUCCGUUCCUUGGUGUUGUCUAGGGCCGCUCUUGCCGUUUUACCCUUCCCCAGCGUGUGUGUCCCCCCAUCUAGCAUAGGCACAGCACAGCACAGCACAGCGAGCACUGCAGGGCAGGUCAAGCAAGGCCCAUCGUCAGGCUACCUGGUUACGGCAGGUAAGUAA